AUGGAUAUUGAUGGUGGGCCUCAAGACCAGCACACAAAUGGCUCAGCACUCGCUCCUCAAGCAUGCCAGAACUGUCGGAAACAGAAGCGGAGGUGCGACAAAGGCCUCCCUAUAUGUGGGCUGUGCUCGCGAAUAGGUCGAAUAUGCGACUACAGUAUCGACUCGCAAGCUGCAGUCCCUUCCUCUGAAGAGUUCGCAUCGCUAAGGCAGAAGGUCGCGGAUCUCGAGAGCUUGCUUACCAGGACUGCGACCAACAAUCUCAGCGCAACGAGCAAUGGAAGCAACGGCAGUGUCCCUGUCGGCAGUAAUGGAUCAUGGGGGAAUGGGUUGAGCAACGGCAGUAGUCCAGCGAAUCUGCUGUCCUUAUCGCCAAACUCGAAUCAAUGCGCAUGGCCAGGACCUUCGACGUUCCCCAGUCUAUUCUUUCUGGACUCUGAGGCGUUUGAAUAUGAACGAUUCCAGGUCCAACCACCGUACGUGAAGGUUCCUCCUGGUGCUUUGACGGCACUCGGCAGUUCAGCGGAGCUACGGCAAAUGAUCGAGUUAUAUUUCGAGACUGUACAGACCUACUUCCCCAUGGUAUCCAAGAUCAGAUUGUACCAGCACCUAUCAAAUCCGAUGCACGAGCCUGGCGCCGAUAUGGCCCUUUUGUUCCUCGCGAUGAAGUUGAUAACAAGUGAGAUACCUGAGGGAGCACCGCCACAGACACAACUUUACCAAGAUGUGAAAUCGUUCUUAAGCUAUAUCGAAGCUCAAAACGGCUAUUCCAUCCAGUUGAUCCAGUCCCUCCUGCUGGUCUCUUUAUACGAGCUUGGCCAUUCUAUCUACCCAGCUGCUUAUAUGUCCAUCGGCCAUGCUUGCCGUCUUGGACAUGUCCUUGGGAUACACGAUCGAACCGCACCGCAGAUGCUCCCUCGACCGAACACUUGGACUGAGCAAGAAGAACGACGGCGCGUUUGGUGGGCAGUGAUCAUCUUGGAUCGUUUCAUCAGCAUCGGACAUCGCCGCAAACCGUUUGCCAGCACUGACCCAAGCCUCGACGCCCAUCUACCUACAGAUGAUAGUCAUUGGGAUCGAGGUCAAAUGCUGGUGGCUGCACCAUUGGCGUUGUCCGCGAGCUCGACCAUUCGAGCCGCACCUUUCGCACGAACGUGCCAGGCCGCACACCUCCUUGGCAAAGUCAUCCGGCAUCUGAACGACAAGAAUCUGCCGGCAGACUACAAGUUCAAUGAAGCACUCCAGCUCCACCGCACUCUGCGGGCGCUUUGCGAAGUUCUGCCCGCUGAAGCGGAAGAGGACGACCCUACCGUGAAGCCAACGCUGUGCUCACCAAUGGCGAUCUGCUACUCCGGGCUACUUACGCUCUAUGACCAGUAUGCAUGUACGGAGCGUGCAAUGGAGAAUGCCCCAGAGACACAGCUCGUGAUGCAGAAGGAAGCUAUUGAUGGAUUAGGAGACAUCUCGAGCCAAGCAAUGGACCUGGCUCGGAGGGUGCGUACUUUUGUCGAUCGUGCAGGACUGCAGCGAGUGAGCCCACUUGUUGUCGACAGUCUCUAUCAAGCGGCGGCGAAUUACGCAUGGUACGUCCGCGAAUCUUCAAGUCCCGAAUGCGCCGAACGCCUCGCCGAGCUCAAAGAGAUCCUUCUACUCCUCGACCGACGAUGGAAAGUUGCUGGCGAGUAUAUCAAGAUCAUUGAAGCCACCGAGUUUCAUCUUGCCAGUGCGAUCAGGUGA